AUGUCUCUGCAACGUGUUGGAUCCCUCGAGGCGUUCGUCAUUGUUCCUGCCGAGGGGCUCAGGUCGCGGCGGGGUUCGGCGUCGUCUGCUGCUGCUUCGGAGAGGGCGCGCAAACUCACGUUUAACCCGCUGCCUGAGUCCUGGGACCCCGUCUUCGAGGGUGAAGAUGAGGGGCACCUUCACCUUGGACAGUCGAGAGGCGCCUUUGAGGUGCCUCAAUGGAAACGAAUACUUCAAGUUGUUGUUAUGGUCGUGUUUUGCCUCUUUGCAGCGGGGGUUGUGUUUGGAUACGCCGCUUUGAAACCGGUCUUGAAGAAAGAGGGUGCAUAUCAAGAUAUAUGCAAUGGCGAAGACACAUGUGUGGAAAUCCAUCUAAAUCUUAUGUUCACUGCAGCAGCUGUCGCCACCAACGUUGCUGCUCUACCUGUUGGUGCUAUUCUAGAUCACUAUGGUCCUCGAGUCUGUGGUAUCUUAGGUGCUCUAUUCCUUAGCGUAGGCGCGCUUUUCAUGUCCUUUGCGAAAAGCUUGCCUUUUGAUGCAUUCCUCUUCGGCUACCUAUGCCUUGCCUUAGGUGGACCGUUUACGUUUAUAUCUUCGUUCCAAUUAUCUAAUGCUUUCCCUCGACACUCGGGCCUGAUCCUCGCGCUACUUACAGGGGCGUUCGAUGCAUCGAGCGCCCUGUUCCUCGUUUAUCGUAUCAUCUAUAACAAGACAGAAGGUACUUUCGGGUACCAUCGGUUCUUCCUCGUUUACCUUAUAGUGCCGGCAGUAAUACUAGUUUUCCAGCUCACGUUACUCCCCAAACAGUCAUAUAAAACUGUGGGAGAAAUGAUCGAGGAGAUCGAGGCCCCCGCAUUUACUGAUCCGACGGACACAUUAGACGUUGUGGAUGUUGAUGAUCAGGUGGACGAACAGACUGCGCUUAUUCGGGAGGAGCAAAGAGAAUACCACGAAAACGUUGUGCACGAUAUCGAAGAACUACUAGGUUCCAGCAAGGUAGACAAGGAUAAGCAAGCUCGCCGCGAGGAGGCGAGGAACGAGAAGAGUGGUGUAUGGGGCGUGAUGCAUAACCGCACAGCAUGGGAGCAGAUCUGCUCGCCAUGGUUCGUACUGAUAUGUUUGUUCACAGUGGUACAGAUGACGCGGAUCAACUACUUCGUCGCGACUAUUCGGCCGCAGUACGAGGCUAUUUUCGACUCGUCAGAAAAGGCCAUCGAGAUCAACAAUUUCUUCGACCUGGCGCUACCGCUGGGAGGUAUUGCCUCGAUCCCCUUCAUCGGGAUUAUCCUAGACCGUACUAGUACCGUUGCAGUGCUCACGACACUGGUGACGGUCGCAACGUUGAUAGGAAUUUUGGGAGUGCUCCCGUACGCGUGGGCCGCAUACGCCAAUAUAGUUCUGUUUGUCCUAUACCGCCCGUUUUACUACACAGCCGUCAGCGACUACAGCGCCAAGGUAUUCGGUUUCCGCACUUUCGGCAUCGUCUACGGCACCAUCAUAUGCCUCUCCGGCCUGCUUAACUUUAGCCAGAGCGCCCUCGACUACCUCUUCCACCGCACCUUCCGCGGCGAUCCCGUCCCUGUUAACUUGCUGUUGCUCGCGCUCGGUUUGGUCAUCGGCGUGUGUCUUGUGGGAUUCGUAGGCCUUCAGUCUCGGAGGCUAGGGCGGAAGAGGGAUGUGGCCGCGUAUAUUAACGGUAGGGGGGAGUACUAA